AUCAGUCCCAUUAAACCCCCUAAAACGAGAGAAUAUAUAUUGAUUGAUGUUGUUACGAGGUGUAGUGUCAUGUGUGGUUAAUGGAGGAGAGUUAAGGAGGAGAGUUAGUGUGGCCACCAGGGCCACCCUCCUCAGGGUCUUUUUGGGGCCACUCUGGGGAAAACCCCACUGGGGGAACCCCCCUUGGGGAAAUACCCACUGGGGAAACACCCAGUUUCUUAAGUUCUCCACUGCUGUGGGACUCUUGUCAGCCUACAGGAGUGUGAGUCUAGCCAGCAUGGGGGUUAAACAGUGUGUGGACUCCGUAACCAAAUCGGAGGAAGACCAGCGUGAGUAUCGGGCUCUCAUUCUGGACAAUGACUUAAAAGUUUUGCUAAUAUCGGACCCAGCAACAGACAAGUCUGCUGCAUCUCUUAAUGUUCAUGUCGGCAGCAUGACAGACCCAAGAGAAUUACCAGGGCUGGCUCACUUCUGUGAGCACAUGUUGUUCAUGGGCACAGAGAAAUACCCUUGUGAGAAUGAGUACAAUAAGUACCUAUCUGAGCAUGGGGGCUCAAGCAAUGCUUACACAGCUGCUGAUCACACUAACUACUAUUUCGAUGUUGCUCCUGAUGCCUUUUCUGGUGCACUGGACAGAUUUUCUCAGUUCUUUGUGACACCACUAUUUACAGAGAGUGCAGUAGAACGUGAAGUGAAUGCUGUUAACUCUGAGCACGAGAAGAACAUACAGAAUGAUUAUUGGAGGCUUGCACAGCUGGAGAAAGCUACAGCUGAUCUAGAACAUGACUUCAGCAAAUUUGGUACAGGUAACAAGGAGACUCUAGAAACCAUUCCCAAGGAGAAAGGCAUUGUUGUUCGUGAUGCUCUCCUUCAGUUCCAUGCUAAGUGGUAUUCUUCAAACAUCAUGGCUCUUGCCCUCUUGGGAAAAGAGAGCUUAGACGAGCUUGAAGCUAUGGUCAUAAAUCUGUUCACUGAAGUGGAGAACAAAAACGUGACUGUACCUGAAUGGACAACCCACCCUUUCGGACCAGAUCAGUGUCGACGUUUAUGUUAUGUUGUGCCCGUGAAGGACAUCCGUAACCUUUACAUCACUUUCCCCAUUCCAGAUCUUCAUCCACACUAUAAAACCUCCCCGGGCCAUUACCUAGGUCACCUCAUUGGUCACGAGGGUCCUGGUUCAUUACUGUCCUACCUUAAAGGCCAGGGCUGGGUCAACUCACUAGUUGGUGGUCAAAAGUCUGGUGCUAAGGGCUUUGCAUUCUUUGUUGUCAAUGUGGACUUGACUGAAGAGGGAAUCGAGCAUGUUGAAGAUAUUGUCUCUGCCGUGUUUCAGUAUUUGAACUUACUGAAGAAAGAGGGACCACAGCAGUGGGUGUUUGAUGAGUGCCGAGACCUGAGUAGUAUGACUUUCCGGUUUAAAGACAAGGAGCGGCCCCAGUCUUACACGUGUGGCCUCUCGGAACAGUUGCAUUAUUACCCAUUAGAAGAGGCACUGUGUGGUGGCUACCUUCUUAGUGAAUUUAAACCAGAGCUUAUUGAUAUGGUCCUCAGUCACCUUAUUCCCCAAAAUAUCAGGAUUGCUGUUGUGGGAAAAGCAUUGUCAGAGAAGGUAACAUGCACUGAAAAGUGGUAUGGGACUUGCUACAAGAUGGAAGAAAUUGACCCGGGCCUCCUGGAACAGUGGCAGUCUGCUGGACUGAACGAUCAGUUGCAUUUACCAACAAAGAAUGAAUUUGUGCCUACAAGUUUUGACCUGUUUAAAGAUGUGCAGCCAGUUAGUCGUUUACCUGAGAUGAUAAGUGAGACUUCCCUGGCCAGAAUUUGGUACAAGCAAGAUGAUGAAUUUAAACUUCCGAAGGCUGUGAUCCACACUGAACUUUUUAGUCCACUGGCCUACCUAGAUCCCCACCACACCAACCUGCUGCACAUGUUUGCACAGCUGUUUCGUGAUGCCCUCACUGAGUACACUUACGCUGCUGAACUGGCUGGACUCUCAUAUUCUCUCUCCAAUACCAAGUAUGGGCUUAACCUAACGGUGAAAGGCUACAAUGAUAAACAACAUGUUCUUUUGGAGAAGAUUAUGGAACGUAUGACUUCCUUCACUGUUGACCCCAAGCGCUUUGAGAUUCUUAAAGAUGCCUAUGUUCGUGCACUGCGUAACUUUAAUGCAGAUCAGCCUCAUCAGCAUGUUGUGUAUUAUACUUCACUCUUGCUGUCAGAACAUGGCUGGGCCAAGGAGGAGUUGCUGGAGGCAGCUAAUGAGAUGACAGUGGAGAACCUGGAAGCGUUCAUUCCUCGGUUUUUGUCUGGGCUUCACAUUGAGAUGCUGAUUCAUGGGAACAUGCUGCAGGAAUCUGCUGUCACUCUUGCUGCGAUGAUUCAAGAGAAGCUCACAACCUCAUGUGGUACACGACCACUUCUGCCCUCGCAACUCACAAGACAACGGGAAUAUCAACUAAGGGAUGGGUGCAGCUUGGUGUACUUAGCAGAGAACAGUGUGCAUCGCAGUUCUUCCGUUGAGACCUACUUCCAGUGUGGGUUGCAGGGUACACACCAGAACAUGUUAUUGGAGCUUCUUUGCCAAAUUUUUGCUGAGCCUGCUUUUGAUGAAUUAAGAACAAAGGAACAGCUUGGUUAUAUUGUGUGGUGUGGGAUCAGACGUGCUAAUGGUACCCAAGGCUUGCGAGUCAUAGUACAAGGAGACCGCCAUCCAGAGUAUCUCGACUCCAGGAUCGAAUCAUUCCUGUACAAGAUGGGAGAAAACCUAGAAAAGCUUUCCGAAGAAGACUUUGUACGUCAUAGAGAAGCUCUGGCAAGCCGCCGUUUAGAACGUCCAAAGAAACUCUCUCAUCUUACUGCCAACUGGUGGGUGGAGAUCACAUCCAAUCAGUAUCACUUUGACCGUGAUGCUUGUGAGGUGGCACACCUAAAGACACUCACCAAGCAAAAUGUGAUAGAUUUCUACAAGGAAUUCAUAGAAAACACAGCAGGCCAGCGGAAGAAGCUGUCAGUGCAAGUAGUGUCUGUAGCUUCUGGUGGUGCAGGAGACCUAGAAGCAUCUCAGCCACCCACCACCCAGCCUGAUGAUGGUCUUUGCCGUCCACCUCCGCUCAAAGAGACUGAGUUGAUAACUGACAUUGCAGAGUUUAAGCAAGGUUUAGCCUUGUAUCCCCUGAUGAGACCUUUCAUACCCAUCUCCAAGACUUCAAAGUCUAAACUGUAACAUAGCUCAUGUUAAAUAUGGUUGACUUUUUAUCAUAUUCGACUAAUGAUGAUGUUUUCAACAAUGUAUAAGUAUGGAGUAAUUACAUUGUAACAGAAA